AUGUCACGCGCUAGUAAAGCACACAUACCCCGAAAUCGACACCCGGAAAACCGUCGCUCGCGACCCCUCGGCCUGCGCGACCGGUUGAUCAACCAUGCGAGUUGGCGCUGGUGCGCGCAGUCACCUUCGCCCGGUGCGAACGACCGGUCCGCAGGCAUUAUCGAGAACCUACAACACCUCCACGACGAACUGGUGCCCUACCAAGCACGCAAAGUCGUCCACCCUAGCCUCGAACUGCUUAAGCCAACCAAGAAAUCCGUAUUCUCCUCCCUCUUCGGGUCCUCUAAGAGCGGCCCCAAUGCCAUAGGUGAAAUUCCAGAGGACCUGCCGCGUGGCCUCUACCUCUAUGGGGAUGUUGGCAGCGGCAAGACCAUGCUCAUGGAUCUCUUCUACGACACCCUGCCCCCCUCAGUAAAGACCAAGACGCGCAUACACUUCCACAACUUCAUGCAGGACGUUCAUAAACGACUACACAAGCUCAAGAUGGAGCACGGGACGGACGUGGACGCCGUGCCGUUUGUGGCGGCGGAUAUUGCCGAGCAGGGCAAUGUGCUGUGCUUUGAUGAAUUCCAGUGCACGGACGUGGCGGAUGCCAUGAUCUUACGCAGACUUCUGGAGGCGCUCAUGGCCCAUGGCAUCGUUAUGGUCACGACUUCGAAUCGUCACCCUGACGAUCUAUAUAAGAACGGGAUCCAGCGCGAGUCCUUCAUCCCCGCCAUCAAACUCCUCAAAGAUCGUCUGCACGUCAUCAACCUCGACUCAACCACAGACUACAGGAAAAUCCCCCGGCCGCCGUCGGGCGUCUACCACACCCGUCUAGAUACACAUGCCAACUCGCAUGCAGAGAAAUGGUUCCGCUUCCUAGGCGACCCCGAGGAGGGAGAGCCGCACUCCGAGACGCAGAGCGUGUGGGGCCGCGAGAUUGUGGUGCCCAAGGUCAGUGGGCGCUGCGCCUGGUUCACAUUUGACGAGCUCAUUGUGAAGCCCAAGAGUGCGGCCGACUACCUCGAGCUGGUGCGCCACUACGAGGCCUUCGUCGUCACCGAGGUGCCCGGCAUGAACAUUCAGCAACGGGACCUCGCCAGGCGCUUCAUCACGUUCAUCGACGCCGUGUACGAGGGCAACGCCAAGCUCGUGCUCACGACCGAGAGGCCGCUCACGGAGCUGUUUGUGACCAGAGACGAGAUCGCCGAGAGCCUUCUUAAGAGCAAUCCCACGCUGGAUAAGAAGGACCACAAAGCGGCCGGCGAGUUAUUGCAUAAUAUCGAAGAGAACGUGGACAAGCUUAAGAAGACGGACUUGUUUGCGGGCGAGGAGGAGGCCUUUGCGUUUGCACGAGCCCUGAGUCGGUUGAAGCAUAUGGAGAGCAAAGAGUGGGUGGAGCGUGGCAUGGGACUGGAGAGCCAGGGCGGCAAGGGGAACAAGGAUAGCUGGACCAAGGCGAGGAGUCGGCAGUAUGAAGACUCAAUGUGA